ACACGCGCGACCCGGAAGAUCUUCUUGCCACACUUCGGAGCCGGUAUAAGGACCCUCGAUGGCGGAGGGAGCUGCGGCGGACGCACUAGCAGAGAGUGGUGGUGACGGCGCCUCAGGAGUCAGCGCGUCGGAACGGGGAGUGGCACCCAUUAAAGCUCAAUACCGCACCACCAAGGAACAGUUCCGGAUUCUAGAAGCCAAAGGGCAGGAGAAGCUCCACCGGGAAACUGAGGCAGCAGACCCUGAUGGCAAUGUCCUGGCUGAGCCUCAGGCCAAGAGGAUCCGGCUGGAGGACGGGAAGACAGAAGAUGGGUGGACCGAGCACACUGCAGAGCCCCGGGAGCAGCCACAGGCUCAGAAGAGGGCCCGGGGACAGAACAAGGGCCGGCCCCACAUGAAGCCCAUGCACUAUGACAAGAACAGGCUUUGCCCCUCCCUGAUCCAGGAGCCAGCCGCUCACUGUUUCUUUGGUGACCGCUGUCGCUUCCUACAUGAUGUGGACCGCUACCUGGAGACCAAGCCUGCCGACCUGGGCCCCUGUUGCGUUCUCUUUGAGACCAAUGGCAGGUGCCCCUACGGUGUUACCUGCCGCUUCGCCAGUGCACACCUGGGGCCCAAGGGCGAGAACCUGGUGCAGGAGGAACUGUUGGCCCGCCAGGCAGGGGCUGCACCCUCUGUGCGUAACAGCCUGGAUAAGGCCUUGCAGCAGCAGUUGCGCAAGCGCCAGGUCUGUUUUCAGAAAGCUGAGCAGGCCCUGCGCCAGCUCAGCCAGGACCCCGUGCCUGCUGCUGCUGCCAUCCCCGAGGUCCCAGUGGCCGCUGGUGCUGCUGAACAGAACAAUUGUGACACCCCACUGGACCCUGCAGGGCUGGGAGCUGGUACCCCGCCCAGCAGCCCCGGAUGGACCUGUGGGCCCCUGACAGAUGAGGACGUGGUCCGGCUGCGACCCUGUGAGAAGAAGCGGCUGGACAUUAGCGGCAAACUGUACCUGGCCCCGCUCACCACGUGUGGGAACCUGCCCUUCCGUCGCAUCUGUAAGCGCUUUGGGGCUGACGUGACGUGCGGGGAGAUGGCCGUGUGCACCAACCUGUUGCAGGGCCAGAUGUCUGAGUGGGCCCUGCUCAAACGUCACCAGUGUGAGGACAUCUUCGGAGUCCAGUUGGAGGGUGCCUUCCCUGACACCAUGACCAAGUGUGCCGAGCUGCUGAACCGCACGAUCGAUGUGGACUUCGUGGACAUCAACGUUGGCUGCCCCAUUGACCUUGUGUACAAGAAGGGCGGCGGCUGCGCACUAAUGAACCGCACGGCCAAGUUCCAGCAGAUUGUGCGGGGCAUGAACCAGGUGCUGGAUGUGCCGCUCACUGUGAAGAUCCGCACCGGUGUCCAGGAGCGUGUGAGCCUGGCGCACCGCCUGCUGCCCGAGCUGCGGGGCUGGGGCGCCGCGCUCGUCACGCUCCACGGCCGCUCUCGGGAGCAGCGCUACACCCGGCUGGCCGAUUGGCAGUACAUCGAACAGUGCGCAAAGGCCGCCAGCCCCAUGCCCCUGUUUGGAAACGGGGACAUCUUGUCAUACGAGGAUGCCAACCGUGCCAUGCAGACUGGCGUCUCUGGGAUCAUGAUCGGCCGUGGUGCCCUGCUGAAGCCCUGGCUGUUCACGGAGAUAAAGGAGCAGCGGCACUGGGACAUCUCGUCGUCUGAGCGCCUAGACAUCCUGAGGGACUUCACGCACCAUGGCCUGGAGCACUGGGGCUCCGAUACUCAGGGCGUGGAGAAGACACGACGCUUCCUGCUCGAGUGGCUGUCCUUCCUGUGCAGGUAUGUGCCUGUCGGCCUGCUGGAGCGGCUCCCGCAACGGAUCAACGAACGGCCGCCCUACUACCUGGGCCGCGACUACCUGGAGACGCUCAUGGCAAGCCAGCAGGCAGCCGACUGGAUCCGCAUCAGCGAGAUGCUGCUGGGGCCCGUGCCACCCAACUUCAUCUUCCUUCCCAAGCACAAGGCCAACGCGUACAAGUAGCCACCUGAUGGCCACAGGAGACAAUAAACUUUAUUCUUAUAAAUCUUGGAAUGUUUUUUUCUUUCUUUCUUUUUUUGAGACAGGUCUUACUAUGUAGCCCAGGUAACCUGGAACUUGAGGUCCUCCUGCCUUAGCCUCCUGAGUGCCAGGGUCACAGGUGUGGCCACCAUGCCCACAAAUGCUGGCUUUUCUCUUGUGGG